UACGGCAUGCUAUGGCGCUUUUCGCAAAUCACAACUCUGUCUACGUGGCGCUGCACAUCCCUUUUAUUCACUAUCUUUUCUCAUUCUUCGAUUUCACCUCUCCUGUUGCAGGCAUCGGGGCUUCUGCAGGAUCUGCGUCCGGACUCAUACCCUCUUACGAUGUUUUGUAUUAUACCGGGGUACGUGCAUACUUUAGCGAGGAGUGGGAGAAAGCUGCGGAGCUGCUCGAAAAGUCGAUGACGACCCGGGAGGCUCUGUUUCGGACACGACGGCAGUGCCAUGAAGAAUGUCUGCCAGCGGGACAUGACAGGCUCCCAAAACUGGACACCGAGAACGGGAAUGUGUGGGACCUAUGGGCAGUGGACUGGGUCCAGCGGCGGGCUGAGUGUGUGCGGUUCUGUUUGGGACGGGCUGUCACUCCUGCAGGACAGCUUCCUGUGUCUGCCGACAUCGAGUACGAGUUUAGCACCCGGAACCCCUAUAACUUCCUCCAGGUCGUCUACUGGAAUCUAGGGAAAGUACAAAAGGCGGCGUCAGCAGCCCACACAUUCUUCGUGGCCAACCCCAGCCACCUGGAGAUGAGGAACAACAUUGAGAAGUAUAGACGGAUGGAGGGAGUAACAGAGGACGCAUUCCAGGAUAGAGAGAUGGAGACAGAGAAACACUGGGUCCUGUAUGACUCCGCCCUCACCUCUGAGGCCUCCUCUGAUUGGACGCACGCCGUGGAGAAAUGGAGGGAGUGUGUGAACGAGACACUGAGACAGACUGAUGAGUGUAGGGCGCAGUGUGAGGUCGCCUCACAGCGGCUCCCUGAGAACAGAGGAGAGGAUGGAAUGGGCGGGGUGUUUGAGAAGGCUGCAGCACUCUCCCUCUCCCUCCUGUCCUGCCAGCAGGCCUGUGUGACCCAGGUGGCGACGCGACCCGGAAGGAUUUCAGCCCAGGAGGACCUCCUACCCACACAGCUGGAGCAUCUACACAGCGCACAGUUCAAAGCGGGCGAUCUAGGAGGAGCGGUGUGUUCUCUGCAGUCUCUCCUCCUGUUCUACCCCUCAGACAAAGACUCCCUCAGUAACCUGGAGCUCUACACAGAGACACUGGGAGGCGACACUGAGGCACACGGGACAAAGCCCUCCCAGGAGAUAGCCAGGUAUGUGAGCCGCUCACUGCAGGAGAAAAAGCUACUCUACUUCGGAAUGGAAAACCUCAACUUCAAUUUCACCGACCCGGAUCUCUGGACUCCAGAGGAGGUUGUUCCUGAAUUGCUAAGAGACACAUGGAGAGCAGAAAAGGAAGUGCUGAAUGAGAAAAUGAAGGGGGGAGAGAAAGAGGUGGAGAUGGACGAUAGUGGAUUCUAUGCAGGGGGUCCCGUAGCUCAGACUGCUGCGUCCGCUGGGGAUGGUUACCGGGAGCGACGGUCCCCACACACUCCACAUGAGAAGUUUGAGGGCCUGACUGUCCUCAGAGCUGUCAAGUUGGCUCAGGACGGCAUGGUGAACCAAUCAGACGCUAAGCUGCUGCAUGAGAUGGGGGAGAGGGUGAGAACCCUCCUGCACUCCUACUUCAGGAGCCCCUCAGGACUCCAUUUCUCCGACACACAUCUAGUGUGCCGCAGCGCCAUCACAGGGGACCAGGAGGGGAGACUGGACCUGUCUCAUCCUGUUCAUGUGGACAACUGUCUACUGGAACCUGAGACCAGACAGUGCUGGAGAGAACCACCUGCCUUUACACACAGAGACCUGAGCGCUGUGCUUUAUCUGAACGACGACUUUGACGGUGGGGAGCUCUUCUUCACAGACAGGGAUGCCAAGACUGUCACAGCCAGGGUGAAGCCCACCUGUGGUCGACUGGUGGGGUUCUCCUCCGGUCCUGUCAACCCCCAUGGUGUGACCGCUGUGACCGCCGGCCGCAGGUGUGCACUGGCCCUCUGGUUCACCAAGGAGAAGCACCACAGGGAUAUGGAGAGGGAGGAGGCCGAGGCCCUGUGGGCUACGGAUGGACAGAGUGUGACGAAAGGAGGAGAAGUAAAAGAGGAGGGAAGAGAGGGCACCGCUUCCCCUGCUCGGAGUGGUAGAAGCCAGUCAUCGAGGAGUAGAGGGAGGGGCAGGGUGACAGGGGGAAAGGACGAGCUGUGAUGAGCUGCUGUGAUGGAUUUAAAGACUGAACCACCCACGAUGAACAACGGGGUAGUCCUGUUCACCUCCCUGUCCUACUUGGUGGACCGUCCCGGUCCAGCCACCAGUCCCCUCUCCCAAAAGACCAUGAACUCUUCUCUAUUUUUACACCAGGUUUUUCAAUCCCUACCCACGCUCUCUCGCUACCUCUUUUCCUCUCUCUCUGUGAGACCAUUUGUGAAAGGAGGUAUUCUUUGUGCGUCUUUCCAUCCCCUCCAUUGACAAUCAGUCCAUUUGUGUUAGUGUGUAGGCCUUAGUGUUUGCUGUGUGUUACAGUGUAGGCCUUAGUGUUUGCUGUGUAAUAAUUGUUACAUACCUGCUGGAAAAAAGUAAAAGAAAUUGAAUAAAAGGUAUUCAAAAUGG